CCAUACUUUUCAGAACCGAAAAGCGUCUGUUGAGAAUGACGUCACGUGGCCAUUAAUCCGUAAUUUAUUGCAAACUCGCAAUUAAUUCAAAAAUAUAAAGGAGCCUCUUCCUCCUCCACCACCACUCGUAGCUUCAGUGCGCGCGAAGAUAGGGUUUUGCUCUCAGAAACUCAUCUCCACAGUUUCCAGGUUGGGGAGUUUUAAUGUAUCUGGAAGACUCGGUAUAUAUGGAUGAUAUGUUGUGGUUCUUUCGACUGGUUAAAAGCUAAAGCUACUAAUCUACUAUGUGUUGACGAGUCCAGUGGUGUCGACUACUGUUUGUAGAAGACAAUGUUUAAGGCUCCGGAUCAUCAAGUUGGUGGCCACAUGGCCCUUAAUGGAGCUCUUGGCCCUCUUGUUGAUGAUGCAGGGAACUUUUACAAGCCUCUUCAGAGUGAUGAACGUGGAGCCAAAGAAGUGGCAUUCUAUACAGGAUUUUCAACUGAAACUAGGAUUCCGGACGAAAUUCGCAAGUUCUUCCCUGUCUUUCAUGGCACCCGGGAUUUGGAGGCAUCUGAUGGUUCUGGUCUGCAUCCUCACCUUGUCUUGGAAGAUAUUGUCUCCAGCCGAACCAAUCCAUCUAUACUAGACAUUAAAAUUGGUGCGAGCACAUGGUAUCCAGAAGCUUCUGAACAGUAUAUCACCAAGUGCCUUAAGAAAGAUAGAGACGGCACGAGCCUGACAUUGGGAUUUAGAUUAUGUGGACUUCAGUUCUAUGGAAACAAAGAAACUGGAUUUUGGAAGCCGGACAGGAAGUCUGUUAAUGCUUUUACUCAUGAUGAUGUUCGGUCAGCUCUGAGGAAGUUUGUUUCUUCUAACUCGCCUUCAGAUUCAGAUGCCGAACCAGAUUGUUCUUAUGCAUCAACUGUCUAUGGUGGCCCUGAUGGAAUCGUGUCGCAAUUGUUGAAACUGAAGUCAUGGUUUGAGGAUCAGACCAUUUAUCAUUUCUAUUCUUCCUCGAUUAUGAUGGUGUAUGAUAAGGAGUCAAUACUGAAAGGGGAGAAUCCAAAUCCUCAAAUCAAACUAGUUGAUUUUGCACAUGUCGUGGAAGGCAAAGGUAUUAUUGACCAUAAUUUUCUGGGUGGCCUCUGUUCCUUGAUAAAGUUCCUGAAAGAUGUCUUGAACAAUCCUAAGAAGUAAUAACCGAACCAGAAGUUGUCUACAUCUGUCGGAAAAGAACUGAAUUCACACUAAUAGCAGCCUAGUUGAAAUGGAAUGUUCCAGGAAUAGCCUUAGAAAGUUAAGGCACCUCCUUUUUUCUUUUUCUCUUUCUCUCAGUGUUCUCUGUGGCUCAUCUGUAAAGCUUCAAGGGGGAUUUUGGAUUUUAACAUCGUGGAUGUUCAAUUUCUUUUCGCGUUAUAAUCCAUUUCCGUAUUACUAAAAUAAGAGACUGCUUGAUGGUUGCAAUU